CAAUGGCGGACGAAAGAGAAAGAAAGACUCUGCAAAAACCUAUCCUGAAACGGUUCGCAGAGAGGCAGCAAAACGCUAAAGCCCUAAACCCCCAUAUUGAGCUUUCUCCCUCUCUCUCCGUCUUCGAUGGCAACAUCUCUUCUGAAAACUCCGCUCAAUGUGUUCAACAGACACCACAAUCACGUCGCAUUCUUCUCCAAUGGCACAAGUGCAAGAAGCAGUGCUCCAAUUUCGCAGAAGAGGAGAUCGCGUCCAUUCCCCGUAGUGUCAAUGGCAUCCACACCGGUUCAAACUUCUCUCGAAAAAACUGAACUUUCGUCCAAAAGCACCGGUCUUCCAAUAAUGGUUAAUGCAUGUACUGGAAAAAUGGGAAAGGCUGUGAUUAAUGCGGCGGAAGCUGCUGGACUGAAUGUUGUUCCUGUGUCGUUUGGCUGUGAAGAGGAGUCUGGACAGACUUUUCAGAUUGGUGGAAAGGAGUUUCUAGUGCAUGGUCCUUCUGACAGGGAGAGUGUUCUUGCAUCUGUGCUUGAUAAGUAUCCAAAUUUGAUUGUUGUGGAUUACACAAUACCCGAUGCAGUCAAUGGCAAUGCUGAGUUAUACAGUAAGGUUGGGGUGCCCUUCGUGAUGGGAACCACUGGUGGAGAUAGGGACUUGUUGCAUAAGACCGUGUUAGAUUCAAACAUUUAUGCUGUGAUAUCCCCACAAAUGGGAAAGCAGGUUGUUGCUUUUCUUGCAGCUAUGGAAAUUAUGGCAGAGCAAUUUCCUGGAGCCUUCUCUGGGUAUUCCUUACAGGUAUUGGAGUCCCAUCAAGCAAGCAAAGUUGAUGCAUCUGGAACUGCAAAGGCUGUAAUUUCUUGCUUCAACAAACUGGGGGUGUCUUACGAUAUGGAUCAGAUAAAAUUGAUCAGGGAUCCCCGGCAACAACUUGAAAUGGUUGGAGUCCCAGAGGAGCAUCUAUCUGGUCAUGCGUUUCAUAUGUAUCAUUUGACAUCCCCAGAUGACACAGUUACAUUCGAAUUUCAACAUAAUGUUUGUGGUAGAUCAAUAUAUGCGGAGGGCACUGUUGAUGCUGUGCUGUUUCUUGCUAAGAAGAUUGAAACAAAGGAUCCCAAGAGACUGUAUAAUAUGAUUGAUGUCUUGCGAGAGGGUAAUAUGCGAUGAAAUUUUCUUUGGAAUCUGGGUGCAGGAUGUCAAAUGUAGAACUUGCAAUAAAAGAGAUAUGACAUUCUAGUUUUUGAGAACCAAACAAUUUUCAUCUUCUGUUCGUGAUCUUUUUUGAUAAGUUAGGAAAGCUUAGUGUAUGUAUCAUUAAGAAUCGACUCUAGAGCUAUGUAAACACUGCUUAUGCAACUUUUGUUAAUCGGAUCACUUUACAAUCGCUUUUCCGACUGUAAUAUUUUUUGUUCUUCUACUUGUAUCGAUUAUGAAUUUCGUGAUAAUUUUUCUUGAACUUCAA